AUGAGCCACCGAUUUUCCGUCGAGGCGCUUGACCUUACGCUACAGGACCUCAUGGGGAACACCCUGCUAAUGGGCGGCAAAACUGUUUUGCUCAGUGGCGACAUGCGUCAAAUAGGACCCGUCGUCGUUUACGGCGGACAGGCAGAAAGAGUUGAUGCUUCCAUCAUUUCAAGCCCACUGUGGCCGUAUGUCCAUAGAAUGCGCCUGACCAUUUCCCAACGUGAUCGCGAGGAUGCUCCCUACGCCGCCUUUGUACGCAAUAUUGGUAUCGGAGCCCAGCCACACACCACAACCGACGACGGAAUUGAUGCCGUGCCCUUAGUAUAUAUUCAUGACAUCCCAGCAAUGCCACCUGAUCCGUUUGUCAUUGAGAAUACGGAAUCAUUCCAAGAAUUGAUCAACUUCGUCUACCCCGAUAUUCUACAUGCAGACCCCACCACAUUCAAGUCGAGAGCAAUACUGUCCUCUACCAAUGACACCAUAGACACAAUCAAUGAACAUAUCCUUCACCUGCUGCCUGGUGAUCUCUAUACUGUGAACAGUUGCGACACGGUCGACCCUGACAGUUGCAAUGCCGAUAGCUUC